AUGAAAGAUAUGAAAGCUAUGAAUACCGUCGAUGUGAUUCGUCUUCUGGGACCUCAAUGGAUCGCUGAGGUGCGCAAACCGUCACACCACGGUAAAGUCCAGUCUCUUCCUGACGGUCUUCUGGGACGGGGUUCGCGUGAUUCGCGGUCCGACCAGGAUAACGGUCGAGGAACUCCAUUCGACUGGUAUCGUCUUCGUUCAAAUCUGCAGUAUAGUCGCCAGACUGUUCACCAGGACCUCCGGAUCCUCUAUGAAGAGUGCGGCGUGCGGGCUAUCCGGACCAGAUGCUUUGUUGAGUUGAAGCAGUGA